CACACAUAUCAGCACAUACAAGUUCAUGAAUGAACAAAAUUUUUGUCUCUGUGAYAGCAUUUUUGGACAUGAAUAAGAGGCGAUGACGAGCGACAUAYGAUCGGACCUAUCUUGCAUUAGUCGGAGAUACAAAGAAAAUCAUAGAUAUUGCAGGAGUUUAACACUUCAUAUACAACCAAUGUUUAAAGAACCAAUUCAACAACAUUAUAGGAACGAGAAAAGAGAAGAGAAGUAAGAAGAGGGCGGAACAGGGUGGAAGAGGCAUCUGCAUAAACACUACAGAGAAUCAAAUUCCUGGAAUCGUAAAGCACGAAGACCGAAAAGUGCACGCGAUGAACGGGCUCUGGCAGCAUCAUCAUUUGGGAGAGAGUGUUAGUGGUGAUGACUGUCAACUCGAAGAAUUCGGCACAGCUGAGCACGACCGUCAUGCCACGUUACGAUACAGAGAUGUUGCUAACGCUGGGCCUCCCGCAAGACCACUCGAUUUCCCAUCUCCAAAAGUAUUCCGCGGAGAGCUGGUGGACUUGCGAGCACGAGAUCACAAAUCUGGGACAAUCCAUYACUUGAAAAAUGUUCUAAYUCGAUCUACUGUAAACAGCAACAACAAUGGCAAUAGGUACUUCAGCAACAUAUCGAUCUGCGAUACUGCAUACUUGGUAACGAAAAAAGUCUCGAAAACUGUAUAUGGAUGUGUGAGUCUUUGCAUUGUGCUGAAGCGUAUCAAGAACGACCCGAAUGACAGCACGAAUAGUAGUGAUGCAACGAAAGAAGAGGAUCGACAAGAUAAUAACAUGGAUUGCUCGUUGAUAGAAUGGGAGUCCACCGAUGAUCAGGCCGCCGUAAAAAUAUCAGAAUGGAAAAAGAUCCAUGCGCUACGAGGAAAGCAUUUAGAAGAUCCAAUCAAAGAAGUUUCUGUGAUGCAGCUUCUAGGAAAUUACCACCAACAUAUCUCUGGAGCUCUGGAGGUCCUACAGGAUGAUAAAUGCCUCUACACCGUUAUGCCAUAUUGCGGUGGUGGAGAUCUUUACGGACGACUGGUUGAGUUCAUGGGCUUCCGUUCGGUGCGAUCAGAUACCGCAAAUUCCGUCGKGGCAACUGGCUUUGACGAGCACUCUGCCCGGAUUUGGUUCCGACAGCUACUUCAGGCCGCAAAUCUUUUACAGAAAAAGGGGGUCUGUCAUCGAGACAUUUGCCUCGAGAAUAUAUUGCUAGAUGAAGAUGAUAACAUUUGUUUGAUCGAUCCUGGGAUGAGCCUACGAGUACCAUACACAGACUCCGAAACCGGUGGCGUGGGAGAUGUAUCCGCGGGUACCUCUCGAAGACUGAUGAUAGCACAAGGUCAGGGAGGGAAACUAAUGUACGCUGCCCCAGAAAUAAUUUCAAAGACGACCGAUGUAGAUGCAUUUGCGAUUGAUCUUUGGAGUUUAGGAGUCGUUUUGUUUGUGAUGGUUGUGGGACUCGCCCCAUUUCGUUGGGCUCACGCAUCUGAUAAACGCUAUGCCAGAAUAUCUUCGGGCGAUUUGAAUGGUAUGCUCAAAGAAUUAGGAAUCUCAAUAUCACCAGAAGUGUGUAAUUUGCUUCAGGGUUUCUUCUGGGCGGACCCGCAAAAGCGACUCAAUCUUGCAGAAGUUAUCCAGCAUCCCUGGGUACAAGGAAAAUCGAUAAUUGACAGGCGAUCUACUCUCCCAAGAAAUUUCUCUACUUAUUCUACUGCCACCGAAAAGGUAUACUCACUGGGCACUCUUUCGCUAAAAAAGAGGACAAAGGGAAAGAAACAGGUCUCGAAGGACGGCUACUCUGGUUCCCGUGGUAAGCAUCAUGUAAGAUCUUCCUCGUCCGGUUCUGAGUUGAAUCAUCAUCAUCUGCAUCUACUCAAUCGUUGAUAGAUACAUAUGUUAGUGACAACCAUGAAAUGGGAAAAGCACCUUCUGGAAAUGUGAAUUUGCUAGACAAUUUUUCGAGCAUGGCCUGUAUGAAAAAGUAUUCAUAGCAUGGCCUCGUCGGGAAACAAUUAGAUUACAACAUUAUUAUUUUAUGUCUAUGCUAUGUUCUUGUAAUUAACUUCAAUCUCCGUU